GGCAUGGUGUGUGAGAAGGGGAUCCAGAUCCUCCUCACCACCGUGGGGGCCUUCGCUGCCUUCGGCCUGAUGACGGUGGCCAUAGGGACGGACUACUGGCUGUACUCCCGUGCCCUCAUCUGCAACACCACCGCCAACGUGUCCCAGGACGACCCACACAACAAGGACAAGAAGGACCCCGGGGCCCUCACCCACUCCGGCCUCUGGAGGAUCUGCUGCCUGGAAGGGGUGAAAAGAGGAGAAUGCUCUCAAAUUAACCACUUCCCAGAAGAUGCAGACUUUGACCACGAUGGGGCCGAGUAUGUCCUGCGCGUGGUCCGUGCCUCAAAUAUUUUCCCAAUCCUCAGUGCGAUUCUGCUGCUGAUGGGCGGAGUCUGCAUCGCGGCCAGUCGCUUCUACAAAAGCAAACGAAACAUCAUCCUGGGAGCGGGGAUUCUGUUUGUAGCUGCAGGCCUGAGUAAUAUCAUUGGUGUGAUUGUGUACAUCUCUGCGGCGCUGGGAGAUAUUUCUCCGAAGAAGGACGAGGAUAAGAAGUGGCAGUACUCGUACGGCUGGUCCUUUUAUUUCGGGGGACUGUCCUUUAUCAUGGCCGAAAUGGUGGGGGUUUUAGCUGUCAACAUUUACAUCGAGAAAAACAAAGAGCUGCGCUGCCGCUCACGCACCGACAUCUUCAAGAGCACCACCCACGCCAUGCUGCGCCUGCCCAGCUAUCGCUUCAGACGCCGCUCGCGCUCCUCGUCACGCUCUACAGACCCCUCCCGCUCCAGAGACCCCUCCCCUGUCGGAGGAGGAGGGAAGAAUUUUGGUUUGCCACCGUCCGCUCUGUUGUCCCAGGGUCCCAUCUCUGUGUCCACACUGCCAAACCCUCAUUCGCGCUCACACACGGCUUUGGCCGGAGGAGACAUCUCGCUCUACACGCUGUCUCGAGACCCCAAACUGGGCGGGCUGCCCCCCAUGUAUGGGACAGUGGACAGGGCCACACUGUACCAGCUGCACAACUGUUUCCCUAAAGAUGGGGGAGGGGGUGGAGUCAUGAUGAGCGGCACGCUGCCCUCUCUCAAGUCACACAACCCCGCCAACUCCACCAACUCCAACGCGCCCAUGCCCAACUCAGUGGGCUCGGGACCCCCGCCCUUCACAGCGUCCACAGAGCGAGGGAUGGGCACACUGGACAGGCUCAAGGGAGACAGGGAGAGUAACUCCAACACACUCAACAGGAAGACCACCCCAGUGUAG